AAGAACUGAUCCCGUUAUUCCCGCGUACGAAAAUGACAUACAAGAUCGAAGAGGAUGUCGGAAACACGGAGAAACAAACGGACCUCACAGAUAUCGUGGAGACGAAGCUGCAGACGCUUCUCAAAGAUGGAGGAAGUACAUUCAUGGACUUCGAGUGGCUGCAGCCAGAAUUACCAUCUUUCUUCGACGAAAAAAAAUUCCUCCUCGGUCAGCAGAUGUUUUAUAACAACGCUUUUACCAUGAUGAUUGCCAAAUUGUGCGGGUUGUUGUCUUUAUUUGCUGUACCAUCGAUCAACAACGUUUUAAUGUUCACCAGACAGAGUAGUACACCAUGCUUCGCGUUCCGCAGAUACGUAUCCACUAUUCUACACAAUUGGACCUGGUACAGAAAAAGAGCCGAUAUAGACAAAGAAUUCCUCGAGUCGCUGAAAAUCGUGAGGAGAAAACACUGCGUAGCGUUUCGAAGAAGCUGGAAAGCUGGCCUGUCCCGAAUCUCGCAACUGGAUAUGGCAUUGACUCAAUUUGGAUUCGUGGGUUUCACCCUCCUGUGCGGAGACUAUCUUGGGGUGAAUAACAGUUUCGAAGAACUCGAAGGACUGAUUCACCUCUGGCGAGUCAUUGGCAGCAUGCUGGGCAUGGAAGACAAGUACAACAUAUGCAGCGGAAGUGUCGAAGAGACACGUGCUCUUUGCAGACGACUUCUAGACGAAGUUUUCCUGCCCGCGCUCGCCAGUGGUAGCAAAGAUUUCGACGAAAUGAGUCACAUGUUAAUAGAAUCCCUCUGGCCUGUGAACCCUUAUAUAGAACCGGACGCUUUUAUACAAUUCACCUUCAUUUUGGCAUCGUCUGCCGCCACGAAUAACAAUCAUUCGCUAAAAAUAGAUCCAUCAAAGAUGUCACGAUACGGUAGAUUCAUGAUGAAACUUCAGUUGAUAACGCACAAAUACUUGUUGCAACCUACAUAUUGGUGGGCAAGAUUCUUCAGAGCGUAUUUCAAUGGACAAAUGCGGUUAACGUUCUAUUUAAUCGAAAAUUUGCCAUUCUUGGCGUUUUGGAGAUAUGGUAUAAAACAAUCUUACGUCGAUAUAUAUAAAUAUCACGUGAUCGAAAAUUAA